AUGACUGCAAUCAUUGGAAGCGAUUCUCUCUACAACAGUGCUAAUAAAUUCAUCAGUACAACUGAAACCAGACGACACUCUGCUCCUGAGGCAACAACUGUCACGAAUAACAGACCUGUAACCUUGCCGACCUUAUCAUACCAGGAGAGGGCAAAGAGAUCACAGUGCAAAGUGCCCUCACCACAAACUGAUCUCAAGAAUGAGAUUAGAACUACAACUAAUGGACUAGCAUCCCUAAUAGUGAAGUCCACGACUCCAACGAUUCCAAUCACUACCUGUGCCAUUCCCACAGCAAGUGCAGUCAGAAAGUCGAAGUGUCGCACACACCAUCCCCUCAUUACCAAUGACAUCAUCCAACAUUACACUGACCUAGGACACCCUUCUUCAGAUUUGUGCAGGGAAUUGCUUCAGAAAGUCAUCCGGGUGAACCCUGACACACGCUGCAUGGAUUUCAAGGACGUCGAUAAAGUUGCAUUUGACCUAGUAUCAUGCAUCAUCGAGGAGACAGAGAUUUCUUUUACCAUCGGAAAACCAAGAUUGACUUAUAUCCCUCUUGGCCACUCAACUACAAGUAAAGGUGUCAUAAUCGUGGAAUGGCCUAGUGCGGUGCACGAAGUGCCAUUUGAUGAAAUGAAUAAAGCAUUCACCAUGGCCUUUUAUGGCCUUCCAUACGAUCAGGACAUAAUUCUUACCACAGUGCACAUGAAUCUCUCACUUAAAUCUGGUCUCACAUCCAUCACACCUGAUAUGUCUAUUUCCUUCACGGCUACAGAAGGUCCUCAUCAGACUGCUCUGAUCCCCUUCAUUGGAGAAUGCACCUUUUCUCAGGAUGAGGACAAGCUUUUUCAGAAGCUGAUAUCUGAAGUGGCUGCGCACCUGGAGGUUGUAUUAGUUGUCAUGGUUAUCAUUAAAGAGGAACAUCCCUAUCACUCACCUGCACCACACUCUCCUGCUUGGGAGACUUUACGCAAAGAUGCAGAAUAUCUUUCAUUCGAUGACUUCGUCACGAAAAUUGAAGGUUCACAUGAUCACAUGCUUUCUCAUCCUGUUGUAGUUGCUGGCCACAUGUGGUGCAAAAUCGCUUUCAUUGAGUACCAAGUUUGGGUUAGAGCAGACAGAGAUGAGCCCAUUGACCUUGAGAAUCACAAUGCUGAAUGCAUGGCGACUGGUUCGUUAUUUCCGGACAUGAACAUGGAUGCUGUCCAGGCCAGGAUGAAUGAAGGGCUGCAACAAAUGAAGAAGUACCUCAUCAAUAUGUGCCGUGGCAUUUUCUCUACCUCUGAGCUCGAGAAAGCCAAUCCCAUCUUUCCAAUCCAUUGGAAGAGGUGCAUCAAGGCAUUUAUUGCUGCCGCAGAGCUCACUGUGCACCAGUGUUAUCUUGAUUGGUUUCAGGAUAGCUUCAGAGGCACAAAACAUCCAUUUGAUGAGACCAAUUAUGUGGAAGAUGAUUGUGAAGGUUCAUCUGUGGAUGAUUGUGCUGAUGCCGGUGGUGAUGAUGCACCUAUUUUAACCCGUACUCACUUCAAGAACCUCCCGAUUGCUGUGACUACACUGCCAUCUCUUGUCAAUGGGUCCCAGAGCUCGAAGUGA